GUCCUGGCUCCUGGCCCGGGGCAGGACACGUGUAAAUGGGCGGGAUGCGGAUCUUGCCCUGCAGCGUCAGGCGGGGCGGGAUCCCGGGGCAGCAGCGGGAUGGAGACGCACCAGGCCGGGGGGCGGCCGGUUGCCCCUGCUCGCCCAUCCCCCACCGGUGCCGAGAGCAUUUCCUGCAUCAAGCAAAUCGGAGCGUCCCUGCUCCGGGGGUUCGUCUGGUCCCUGCUCCAGCAGCAGGGCUCCGGGUCCCCCCCCGCCCGGUCGGUCACCAUGGAGGAGCUGGGGGGCCAGGACACCCCCGAUGGGCCCCGGGUCACGUCCCUGCGUGAGACUCUGCACCGGAUAUGGGGGAGCAUGAGCCAGAACCCCGAGAUCGACAGCCUGGUGCAGUGCAUGGCGGGGCAGCCCCCCCUGCCGGCGCUGGCUGCGGUCUCGGAGGAGGUGUUUCGUGACGGCAUCAACUGGGGCAGAGUCGUCGUCUUCUUCUACUUCACCUACAGGGUCAUUGCUCAGGCUCUGGGCGGGUCUGACUGUCUCCGGUCCCUGGUCGACUGGGCCCUAAACUUCCUGUGGGAGCGAGUCGUCCCCUGGAUCCAGCAACAGGGGGGCUGGGACUCCAUCUUCAGUUACCUCACCUCCUCCGCCUAGGGGGGGCACAGACCCCCCCCCGGGACGGCAUCAGCAGCUGGACAGAGCAGCCCCCCCUCUGCAGCAGAGACCCCACUGGGUGGACGGGGCAGGAAUUACCCAAUGCCCUGAGCUCUGCAGAAGCAAAGGCAGGCUGGGGGGGGGGUUGUGGGGGACGUGUGAGCAUCUCCCCCCCCCCCCAAAAAAUCACAAAUGAAAAAGGACAAAUAAUCAGGGCUGCCAACGAAUCACGAUUAACUCGAAACAAAUUAACUCAAUUUUAAAACCUCAGUCGCGCCGAAUCGUCGUUUUAACGCCGGAGCAGGAGCAGUUCGAACAGGUGAUCGAUACUUUGGGAGCUCGAGACGCUGAAACCAACCGCAACAGGGGCUCCGAAGUGACCGGGCUCCGUGCUGAGUCCCGCUGACAAAGAUUUGCCCUGGAGAAAAGCUAAAUGCUCGCACGGGGGCUGUCGUGCGAGCGGCUGAGCGGGAAAGUGCAACGUGCGACUGCACAAUUCUCUUCGUGUUACGUCGCUGCCCUCGAAAACCGAACAAUGGCAAAAGCGCCUCCCAAGUCCACUCGAAUUUGGUGGGGCCAAGAUUACUUACAACGGCCCCCGAACCGGGGAGCCGGCGCUCGCGUGGUGCUGCUGUGCCCGGCGUUGUGGGAUAUUUACGUGCCGGAUCCGCUGUCCCGGCCUGUCGAUUGCACUCGCAUUGGUUUGUGUGUUUCUCCGGGGCCAAUGUCUGUAAUCAGACAUCACAACUGGCAGCGAGGCCGGCGCGCCGGGCGUCCCGCAGGGUGACCGAAAGCGCUGCAGAAAACCGGCCAGACCCAUCGCUCGCUCAUCUCCCUGGGGCCGGGUCUUGUUGAACGGCGCAACCGAAACCGCGGUUCAGCCCGGCUGAGCUUUGUACGCGGCUGACGGCCCCGCAGAGAAAUAAACGAGUGGGGGAAACA